GUCAACAACAAUGGACACUUGACUUUUGAUGGAUCAUUUUCCAGCUACACUCCAUAUCAGUUCCCAGGUUAUGGUGGAAUUGACCUCAUCGCUCCAUUCUGGACAGAUAUUGAUAACCGGGGCAAUGGUGUUAUUUCAUAUCGUCAGUACACGUCUGGCAGCGUCCUUACAGAUGCCACACAAGACAUUAACCAAUACUUCCCUGACCUGAGCUUUUCUGCAACUUGGGUCUUUGUAGCAACAUGGGACAGAGUUGCAUAUUAUCCAUAUUCAGGAACAGAAACAUCUUUCCAAGUGGUUUUGAUUUCCGAUGGCCAUUACACAUUUAUUUUGAUGAAUUAUGGAACAAUUGCUCCAAAACGUUAUGUACAGGCUGGUUAUGACACCAUCAACUCCAGAUACCAUUUCUCAAUUCCUGGAUCAUUCUCGGAUAACAUCACAAACUUGACAUACAGCAGCAAUGUCAAUGUUCCAGGCAGAUGGGCUUUCAGGACAGAUCAUGGAUCACGGGGUUGUCAGUUUAAUGGUGUUCCAGUGCAGCUCGGAGACUCUUUCUGGAGCGAUGCAAACUGCCAGCAGAGAUGCACCUGCACCAGAAGCGGCCUCCAGUGUACCAAUGAGCCCUGCAGUUACUCCCAAGCCUGUCGUCCAGCAGCCUUCCAAUACUCUUGCCAGACCAUUCCUCGGCAAACCUGUACCAUCUCCGGUGAUCCUCACUACUACACUUUUGACUAUCAGGUUUUUCACUUUCAAGGGACCUGCACUUAUGUUCUAUCUGAGGCUUGUGGCAACAGUUUACCGUACUAUCGCAUUGAGGGCAAAAAUGAGCAUCGGGGCAGCACGCAUGUGUCAUGGACACGAAUGGUCAGGGUGUUUGUCUACGAUGAAGUAAUUGAACUGGUCAAGGAUCACAAUUAUGAAGCAAGGGUUAAUGGAAGCUUUGCAGCAACACCAUUCACCCUUCACAAUGGCUCCAUCCAGGUUUAUCAGUCAGGUUUUUCCGUGGCCAUCAGCACAGACUUUGGUCUACUUGUUACAUAUGAUGCAUACAGCUACGUUAGCAUCUCUGUACCACAUGACUAUUUUAAUUCCACAUGUGGUCUGUGUGGAAACUUUAACCUGCAUCCUGAAGAUGAUUUCCGUUCACCCAGUGGUGAAGUCUUGAGCUCAGAUGUGGACUUUGCCAAUAGUUGGAAAGUAGACAGUGACACAGAUCCUGAGUGUCAUAAUGUCAGGUGCACAGGUCUUGCUUGUGCUGUUUGUACCUCAGAUGAAAUGGCUUUAUACAGUGACAGCAACCACUGUGGAAUCCUGGAAGAUGUUUUUGGCCCUUUUGCCAAUUGCCACUCUGUGCAUGCGCCACAGACCUACAAAGAGAACUGUGUGUAUGACCUUUGCUUGGGAGGAGGGUACCAGCCCAUUCUGUGCCAGGCUCUCAAUGUGUACGCUACUCAAUGCCAACAGCAGGGUGUACAACUUGGUCAAUGGAGACAGCAGGGCUUCUGUGAAAUUCAAUGCCCUGAACACAGUCAUUUUGAGCCUCAAGGAACAGGCUGUCCUGCGACUUGCAGUUAUCCAUCUGCCCCAAUGAAUUGUCCCUUGCCCAGUCAGGAAAGCUGUAUCUGUGAUCCUGGGUACAUCCUGAGUGCUGGAGCGUGUGUGCCUGAAGCAAACUGUGGCUGCAGUUUUGAGGGUUUCUAUUACACAGAAGGACAGUCAGUGGUGUUGGAUGGUGACUGUGGGAGACAGUGUGUGUGCAGCAGCAUGUCGAUGACCUGCCAUCAGCACCAGUGUGGUCCAGCAGAGGUGUGUAGAGUCCAUGAUGGUGUGAGAGGCUGCAGACCCACCGGCUAUGCUACCUGCUCAGUUGAAGACCUCGGGUCAUAUCACACCUUCGAUGGACUAAGUUUCAGAUAUCAGGGAGCUUGCGGACUGACCCUUGCUAGGGUUAUGGGACCGUCCCUGCAACCACACUUUGCGUUGACGGUGGAGAAAGUACCCAGAGGCCUUCAAGACUUUUCCAGGUUCCUGAAGUUUGAGGCGGAAGGAAUUCAGGUCUCCAUCAAAUUGGGAGAGGGCAGCAAUGUAAAGGUGGAUGGACAGAUGGUUGGUCUGCCUGUCAGUGUCGGCUCUGGUCGAAUCCACAUUUAUCACAGCAGUGUGAGGGGUUUUGUCUUGGAAACAAACUUUGGGGUGAUUGUCAGAGCCGACUGGCCACACAUUGUCCGAAUUACAGCACCAAGCACAUAUAGUGGCACACUUGGAGGUCUGUGUGGGAACUUCAAUGGAGACAUUGCCGAUGAGUUUUACACUCCAGAUGCAGUCCUGUUGAAUGACACUCAGCUGUUUGCGGACAGCUGGCGUGAUGGUUCCCUAUCAGCCCACUGUGAAGACCCAAAUGACAGCUGGGAACCAGGACAUUAUCAGAACAGCAGUCAGUUCAUUGAACAUUGUAGUAUCAUGACUAAGUAUGAUGGACCAUUUGCUGAGUGCAGCAGAGCAAUAGAUCCUCAGCAACGCAUUGCAGACUGUGUUCAGCUGCUGGAGCAGACACAAGGUGCCAGAGAGGCUCUAUGUGAGGCCCUGCGAGGUUACAUGCUACUUUGCCAGCAGAAUGGCAUUGCAGUCGAAGAGUGGAGGAGUGCCACCCACUGUGAUCCAAGCUGUCCAGCUGAUACUCAUUAUGAAGUAUGUGGCACAUCCUGUCCUGCUUCCUGUCCCAGCCUCUCCUUCCCAUUUCAGUGCACAUUGCAAUGCCAGGAGGGAUGCCAGUGUAAUGAUGGUAUUGUGUUGAAUGGAGAUCAUUGUGUGCCUCCUGUGGGUUGUGGUUGCCUCCACUCUGGGCGUUAUCGGCAGGCUGGAGAGAUGUUCUGGCAUGGUGAAGAGUGCCAGUACUUCUGUGUUUGUGAUGGAAUCACUGGAAAUGUUCAUUGCACACAAUCUUCUUGCAGUGAGGGGGAGGUCUGCCAUGUGUUGGAUGGCGAGUACGGCUGCCAUCCUCAACCGCAUGCUCGUUGUUCUGCUUCAGGAGACCCCCACUACAUGUCUUUUGAUGGCACCUACUUUGACUUCCAGGGCACAUGCCGCUAUGUGCUAGCCACAGUAUGUAAUGACACUACUGGCCUUCCGCACUUCCAGGUGGAUGCAAGGAAUGAGGCAUGGCAUGGACUCUCAGUAGCAAUUACUGUAGAAGUUUUUGUCAAUGUCUCUGGGCAUCUUGUGCACAUGUCACAAGACAUGAAUGGUCAUUCUACUGUUGAGGUUGAUGGAGAGACCAGAAACCUCCCAAUCCUGCUUGACUCUGGACGGGUGUCUGUGUACUCCAGUGCACAGUACAUAUUUGUAUCAACUGACUUUGGUUUGAGUGUGAGUUAUGGUGGUUCAUGGACAUUGAACAUCAUCAUACCAGCGAACUACAGUGGGGUUACGUGUGGCAUCUGUGGCAACUUCAACGGCCAGAGUAAUGAUGACUUCAUGACUCCUUCAGGUGCUCUGGUGCGCUCAGCAGACCAGUUUGGAGCAAGUUGGAAGGUCGAGGACGAGCUGCCAUGCAAUGAUGGGUGUGGAAACAAUUGUCCUUUGUGCCAGGAUCAGACAACUGCCCGUUCUGUGUGUGACAUCAUCAGGUCCAGUCAAGGCCCCUUUAGUUUCUGCCAUGUUUCUGUAGAUCCCCAAGCCUACUUUGAAGACUGUGUGUUCGAUGUGUGUCUUUCUGGAAACCGUAAUGAUGUCCUGUGUCGCUCAAUCCAAACCUAUGCAAUUUCCUGUCAAUCUAACAAUGUCGUUAUAUAUCCCUGGAGAGAAAUCGCAUCAUGUGUCAUAACCUGCCCAGAGAACAGCCACUAUGAGUUGUGUGGCACAGACUGUGGUCAUACUUGCUCCAGCAACAUUGAUGCUAGUUGUGAACACACAUGCUCAGAGGGAUGCUUCUGUGAUGAUGGGUUGGUGAGGAGUGGAGGUCUCUGUGUAUCAGUGGAGCAAUGUGGCUGCUCGCAUCACGGAUUCUACUUUAAUGUUGGUGAGCAAUUCCGAGAUGAAGAAUGUUCCCAACUCUGUGAAUGUUUUGCGCCAAAUGAUUUGCGCUGCUCUUAUUCAUCAUGCCCAUCAACAAUGGAGUGUACGGUCAGAAAUGGACUUCGUGGCUGUUAUGAAGAGAGCACUACACACAUUAUCACCACCUCAUCAACCCUUCCCUCAGAAGAGAGCACCACCUACAUGACCACCACCAGAUCAACUAUUCCCUCAAGAGACCCCUGUCAAGAGCUCAGCUGCACUGAGAUUGAACGGUGUGAAGAGAAACAUGGUGUUUACGGCUGUUCCUGCAUGGAAAACCAUCACAGAUCUCAGCAUGACUCCUUUGAUUUCACUGAAACCUGUGAAAGUAGCUCUGGCUCCAUGUCUCUGUCUCGCUGUCAGCUUUUUGAGGCUGGUUUUCCUUCCGACAUCUUACACCUCAAUGACCCCAGCUGCAGAGGAACAGUCCAGAAUGGCAGAGUGGAGUUCUAUUUUGACAACAAUGAACACAUCUGUGGCACAAAUCUUGUGGCCAAUGGCACCCACUUCAUCUAUGAGAACUUUAUUGUGGGGGAGCCAAACUUAGUUGGGCAUCUCAUCAGCAGGAAGAAAAUUCUGAAGCUUUCUUUCAGCUGUGUUUACUCACAAACCCAAACACUUUCCAUGGACAUCAACCCUCUGGAGAGCUCUUUGCACGUGAACCUUCCUGCUGGUCAAGGGACAUAUCGGGUCAGGAUGAUUCCAUAUCAGGAUGCUGAAUUCUCCAACCCCUUCGCUGGUAGUGUGAGCGCAGAGCUGAGCAAGCAGAUUUUUGUGGAAGUUCGUGUUGAUGGAGUCGACAGCCGUCAGUUUGCUUCAGUGAUCGACACAUGUUGGGCUACACCUGUGAACGAUCCUCAUUACCCUCUCCGCUGGGACCUAAUAGUUGACAGGUGUCCCAAUCCUAAUGAUGAUACAGUGCAGUUGCUGCAAAAUGGUGUUUCUACAUCCAGCCGUUUCUCCUUCGAGAUGUUUAUCUUCACUGCAGACUCCACCAAGGUUUACGUGCACUGCACUAUUCACCUGUGCCUUCUGACAGACAAUCACUGCUCAGUGCACUGUGACUCUGAACACCAUAGAGUGGGUAGAUCUGUGGAUUUUCAUGACAGUAAUUCCAUAUCUAUUGGUCCAUUGAUAUGGUCUGACAGUAACAAAGGUGAUAGAAUCGGAGGACAAACAUCGGACCUUACCCAGACAUCAGUGUACACAACAGCAACGGAGGCAAUCUCCCUCACAGAAUCUGUUGGAGACCCCUGUCAAGAGCUCAACUGCACUGAGAUUGAACGGUGUGAAGAGAAACACGGUGUUUACGGCUGUUCCUGCAUGGAAAACCAUCACAGAUCUCUGAAUGACUCCUUUGAUUUAAUUGAAACCUGUGAAAGUAGCUCUGGCUCCAUGUCUCUGUCUCGCUGUCAGCUUUUUGAGGCUGGUUUUCCUUCCGACAUCUUACACCUCAAUGACCCCAGCUGCAGAGGAACAGUCCAGAAUGGCAGAGUGGAGUUCUAUUUUGACAACAAUGAACACAUCUGUGGCACAAAUCUUGUGGCCAAUGGCACCCAUUUCAUCUAUAAGAACGUUAUUGUGGGAGAGACAAACUCAUCUGGACACCUCAUCAGCAGGGAAAUAAUUCUCAAGCUUCCUUUUAGCUGUGUUUACUUACAAACCCAAACAAUCUCCAUGAACAUCAACCCUCUGGAGAGUGCUGUGCACAUGACCCUUCCUGCUGGUCAAGGGACAUAUCGGGUCAGGAUGAUUCCAUAUCAGGAUGCUGAAUUCUCCAACCCCUUCGCUGGUAGUUUGAAGGCAGAGCUGAAAGACCAGAUUUUUGUGGAAGUUCAUGCUGAUGAAGUUGACAGCCAUCAGUUUGCUUCAGUGAUUGACACAUGUUGGGCUACACCUGUGAACGAUCCUCAUUACCCUCUCCGCUGGGACCUCAUCACUAACAUGUGUCCCAGUCCAAAUGACAAAGUGGAGCUUCUGCAGAAUGGUGUUUCUACAUCCAGCCGUUUCUCCUUCAGCAUGUUUAUCUUUGUUUCAAACUCCACAAAGAUUUACCUGCACUGCGCAAUUCACCUUUGCCUUCUGACAGACAAUCACUGCUCAGUGGUGAGUGUGCAAAUCCUGUCACAACAUCAAAUGUUUAAGGAGCACACUUACCCCUAA